UUUUUUUAAAUUUAAAACAAAAGAAAAAAAAAAAUUGUUUUUCACACACACACACUACAGAAAAGCGUUAUUGUUAGGAUAGGGGAAAAACAAGAAAAAACCAAAAGGAAGAAGGAAAAAAGAAAAAGUAAAAGCAAUUUGUAGCAGUGUACUACGGUUAUUGUGAUUAAAUCUUUUUGCUGUGAUUGGAUAGCCUUCAGAUCGAUUUUGCACUGCUUAACCUGAUUCCUCAGGUGAGUUUCUGCUGUUUCUAAUUUGGAUUGAUUAUAUUUUGUUGAUGAGGGUUUAAGGUCUGAUUUUUCAAAUUGAAUUGACAGCUAAUUGCUUGCGAAUUCAUCUUUUAUUAUUGAAAUUACAAACAAACGACACAGGUAUUUUAAAAUUAAAUUCAAAAUAUUGGAAUUUAGUUGAUUAUAUCCUAAUUAUAUGUGUGAUAAAAGCAACAGAACUGAACUGUUAUUGAGUGGAUAAAUACGACAAUCUUGGAAAGAGUUGGUUUCUGUAUGAGCCUCUUGUAUGUAUUUUAGAUUAUUUGGUUUUGAAUGAGACUCGGGCAGUGCAGAAAAGGGACCUAAUUCUUUGUAUAUGCAGUGGAAAAGUGUAAUGAUGCCCAACUAAAGUAUAGGGUUUGUUUGAAUUUAGUUGCUUAUUCAGUUGUGAUUUAGUGAGUUUAUGAGGAGUGGCCUCCCUGAAUUAGUGAAUUUGCCGUGUUCUUGUUCCCGACUCUUUGAAUUUCAUUAUGCCACUUUCAGCCAAAUUCAAAUGUGGAUUUAUGAGUCAUCGUAUUCGUUAGUUUUGUUAUGGUAUUACUAAUAGCUUCGUUGUUUUAACUGAUAAUUGUUCCAAAUGAAAGCCUUCUCUUCUCCUUCACAUUAGGUUUAACAUUUUAACUGCUAAAAUUGUUAAGGGUUAGUCGUGUUGCAACUGAAGAAUUACUACAUAUUGCUGGCUGAUGAUUAUAUCAGGAUUUCACCAAAACUAUCCAGCUUUCCCUUUAACCUGACUGAAGACAUGCAAUGUGGCGGGUAGUAAUCUAAAUCGGGAUAUCACCAUCCGUCAUGGAAAACGAGGCUAGGCCCCGCGAGAAAAUCUUCCCCAACGGCGACAUCUACUUUGGCACCUUCAAGGGAACAAUCCCUCACGGCAACGGGAACUACAAAUGGGCCGACGGAACCAUCUUCAACGGCGACUGGGAGCUCGGCAAAAUGACGGGAAAGGGAAAAAUCUCAUGGCCCACUUCCAAAUCCACUUACGAAGGCGAUUUCUCCGCGGGCUUUCUCCACGGGUUCGGGACCUUCACCGGGCCCGACGGCUCUGUUUACCGAGGCGCGUGGAAGAUGAGCUCCCAACACGGAAUCGGGCGAAAGCAGUACCCGAAUUCCGACAUUUACGACGGCUGCUGGCGAGAAGGGGCCCGCGAAGGCAGCGGCCGCUAUGGGUGGGGCCCAAAUGGGAUGUACAUUGGGAAUUGGAAAAACGGGCUUAUGUCAGGCCGAGGGGUGAUGAAGUGGCCCAAUGGCGACCUUUUUGACGGGUUUUGGGCCAAUGGGUAUAGGCAUGGUCCGGGAUUCUAUAGGUUCGCGGAUGGGAGUUACUAUUUCGGGACGUGGUCGCGUGGGGUGAAGGAUGGGACGGGGACGUUUUACCCGGCGGGAAAUAAGCAUUUGAGCAAGUUGAGGCCUGAGGAGCUUAUCGAGAGGCGGAGAAAGGAGAUUUCGAAUGUGGAGCGUAGUUUGUCUGAAAAGCUUGGAAGGUUGACCUUGUCGUCUCUGGAAGAUGAUGAUGAUGGUGGUGAUUCCGGAAUGUUGUUGUCGCGUGAGAGGUCUUGUGUGGUGUUGGGUCAGGGGGAGGUUCCGGAAAGUAGGUCUGUGGCGUACGAGAGAGAGUAUAUGCAAGGAGUGCUUAUUAAGGAGAGGGUUAGGAAUAUAUCCAAGUUGUCGCAUAGGAGUAAGGAAAGGUUGAAGUUUGCCAAGGAAGUUGAUAGGAGUUCGUGUGUGGAUAUUUUUAAGGGCCACAAGAGCUAUUAUUUGAUGCUUAGCUUGCAACUCGGUAUCAGGUAUACUGUAGGGAAGAUUACACCAGUUCCUAUGAGGGAAGUCAGAUCAUCUGAUUUUGGUGAACAAGCAAGGAUAAAGAUGUACUUCCCUAGAAAGGGUUCUCAGUUGACUCCUUCACACAAAUCGAUUGACUUUUAUUGGAAGGAUUACUGCCCCAUGGUUUUCAGGAACCUUAGAGAGUUGUUCAGGUUAAAUGCUGCCGACUAUAUGAUGUCUAUUUGUGGUGAUGAUGGUCUUAGAGAGCUCUCUUCCCCUGGAAAAAGUGGAAGCAUUUUCUAUCUCUCUCAUGAUGAUAAAUUCGUAAUUAAAACUCUGAAAAAACCUGAGCUGAAGGUGUUACUGAAGAUGCUGCCUCACUAUUACGAGCACGUGCAAGCGCAUGAGAAUACCCUCAUAACCAAGUUCUUCGGGGCACACAGGAUUACUCUUAAACAUGGAAAAAAGGUUCGCUUUGUGGUCAUGGGGAAUAUGUUCUGUACUGAAUUACACAUACAUCGCCGUUAUGAUUUAAAGGGCUCGUCUCAUGGGAGGUUUACGAAGAAAGAAAAGAUCGAUGAGAGCACUACACUGAAAGAUCUCGAUUUGAAUUAUGAGUUUCAUAUGGACAAAUUGUUGCAUGAAUCGCUUUUUAGACAAUUAUCCCUGGAUGCAGCAUUCUUGGAAUCUCAACAGAUCAUAGAUUACAGCCUUCUUUUGGGUUUACAUUUUAGAGCACCCGAGCAUCUAAGAUUAUUUUCAGAUCCAGAUUCAUUACAAGCGGCUGAGAAUAGUAAUGGAGUUGAUGGUGUUAUAACCCAAGGAGAGGUUUUGAUACCUCCAAAGGGUUUAGUGUUAGUGAGUCAUGAGCCGGGAUGUGUGAGCAGUAGUCCGGGCCCACACAUACGAGGAAGCACUUUGAAAGCUUACUCAAUCGGCAAUAAACAAGCUGACCUCCUCUUGCCCGGCACUGGAAGAUUAAGGGUGCAAUUAGGGGUAAACAUGCCAGCACAAGCGAACCACAAGAUCACUCAAGCUGAGACUGACUCAGUGGAAGUUGAGCUUUUCGAGGUUUAUGAUGUUGUGCUAUAUCUGGGCAUAAUUGACAUACUGCAAGAAUACAACAUGAAAAAGAAAUUGGAGCACGCUUGUAAAUCCAUCAAGUAUGAUCCCCUCUCCAUUUCUGUUGUGGAACCCAGCUUCUAUUCCAAACGCUUUAUUACCUUCUUGGACAAAAUUUUUCCCGCUCAACCUUAGUUGUUAAAUUCAAAUGUCUUGUAAGAACUAAUUUUCGUAAUUGCUCCAGAAGUGGCCCACAAGUGUUCUGCUGCAUUUCAUCCCUUGUAUUCUAUGAUUUUUUGUUAAAUCGAUUUUUUUUUAUUUUUUUUUUAU